AUGUUAACAAAGAAACAAAGAAAUGAAACUGAACAACAAAAAUCUCGUAUCUGCCUUAGUUGUAACCAAGAUGGUAUCAUUGAAGUCAGUUUAAAUGCGAUAGACUUAGAGAUUAGUUUUAUGAAAGUUGUUGGUAGUGCAAUUGAAAUUGACUUUAAAAAACUAAGUGAGGACACUGAAAAAGUCUUCAAAGAACAUAUAAUUAUCAUUUAUACAAUGCAUCGCAUACCAGAAGGAAUAUACAUUAUUGAUAUACUUAUGCAAUUCUCUAUUCCUGAGAUCAAAAAUGAUUUCUACAUGAUCAAAGAACUUAUUGAAAAGAUUUAUUUUUUCAAGAUUCGUAUUAUGAAAUAUUAUACAAAAAUGCGAGCGAUCAUACAGAAUCUAAGUAGAACAUAUAUUCAAACAAAAGAAUUACCAACUGAGGCAUCACCAUCAAAGACAUCAAAGAAGAUAUUUGAAAUUUAA